AUGUCGCUCAUCUACGCAUCGCAACGCGCGCUCCGGCAGCCUGCGGGCAUCGUCUUCCUGCAUCCGUCCGAGCGCGUGCCCAGAUCGGAGCUCGACCGACGCGAUCGAUGCUACCGUGCCAAGCGCGAGGCCGAGUACGCACGCGCUUGGGCCGAAGACGCCACGCUGGUCGGCACGAUCAUCUACAAUACCGACUCCAACCGCAUCAGCGCCGACCGGGCCAGCCUCGGCGCCCAGAGCAGCGUGCGCAGGCGCCGCCGCAGCAGCACCAACGUCGCCCGCCGUCUCUCGCGCAAGCUUCGUCUCAACACGCUCAAGAACCUCUUUUCGCAUGCAUGA